AUGUCUGACAGAAGCACGGGCAAAGCUAGUGCAGCGACACGGUGGGGGAUUUGCGUCGCAUCUCGUCUUCCUGUUUCUCGUCUUCAAUAUAAGGGUGCGGUCGAGGAACCGCCGAGUGAGUAUGGCAAGCAUCCGAAAAAGCGAUUUUCCACAAGUAGAGCACACAAUCAAGGAAUUGACAGCCGCAAGGCUCGAAAAGGCGAGUAUCGAGCUGGAGUCCUCCGCAUUCCUGCGAUCUGGUUCAUGCUCAACCAGAAUGAUAUCACUAACCCGAUCAAGCUGAAGCUGACAGCGUGCCGUACCCGCGAAACCGAGGAAGCCGAAAAGUUUCUAGGUCUUGAUCAAGCGUACAAGAGGGCCCGACUCGCCAUAUCAGAUUCUGAGUCGGUGUUUGUCCUCGUCAGCCAGUACAACGUGGUGGCAGAGACGAACGAGAGGGGUGCUCUCCACCUUCACGGCCUCCUCUGGCUCCAGGGAAACAUGCAUCUAGGUACCCUUUCGAGGGACAUUCAGGGAGAGGAGCACGUCGCAUACCGGAAACGAGUGAUCGAUUACGUGGACAGCAUAUUCUCGGAGGAUCUUGACGAAGGAGCAUCGGCUGUCAUGCGAGCGAAGACGUCGGUAACGGCAGGGAUUUCUAGGCUGAUAGGCAAUACGCGUCAAUUCGCCGCAUCUUUCGAGGAGGCAAACUUCUGUGCCGGCGCCGUACAAGUCCACACGCAUAGUCCAACGUACGUCAAGUAUGUCAUUGGCAGACAACAGAACGAAAUGCUUACCGGUUUGGCGCACCUUGGCAAGUGGUAG